UUGAGCUAGUUUAUCUUAGCGUGAACGAUAAACCCUUGUCGAAAUUUUAAUAAAUCGGUGGAAUCUCGAUCAAGAAAAACAUCUAAAACAGAGAACAACGCAACUUCACCACAACCAGACAAAUUAAUUUUAAAUCACAAAUAUUCUCUUCAAUCUGACCUGCACAAUAAUUACACAAUGGAUAAAGCGAGUAAAUCCGUCCGCGAUGGGCGUACCUAUAAGGAACGGUCACAACCUGAAGAGCGCAAACGAUGGGGACUUCUUGAAAAGCACAAGGUAUGAAAUUCGUGAAUUACUACUGCGAAAUACUAAUGGAAAUUGUAGGAUUAUUCUGCCAGAGCGCGCGAUUUCAAUAAGAAGAAAGCAAAGCUUAAGGCACUUAAACAAAAAGUGCUCGAGAAGAACCCUGACGAGUUUUACUUUGGAAUGGUAAACAAGAAGGGACCUGUAAAAACCGGCAAGAAAUACACAGGAACUGUGAAUGGAGAUCGAGGCAAUCAGGUUUUGAAUCAGGAUGCUGUGCGCUUGUUCAAGACACAAGAUUUGGGUUAUGUACGGACGAUGAGGAACAAGGCAUUGAAGGAAGUCGAGGAAUUAGAAAAAAGAACCGUGGGCAUCAAGGGACGUGGAAAGAAAAUCGUAUUUGUGGAAGACGAAGAAGAGCAGAAAGAGAAGGUGGGAGAGGACGUUUCUGACAUGGAUAUGGAUUUCGAUAUCGACGAGGACGAUGAACACGAUGACACAAUGAAAGAUGAGAAUAUCGAAGAGGAUGUUUCGACCAAGAAUCUUCGAAAGCUUCAGGAAAAGGAGGCGCAUAAGUUGGAAGUCAAAUUAUUGAUUGCACGCCAGCGGCUCAGAGCUCUGACCGACGCCGAGGAGGCUCUGGAUCUACAACGCGCGAAAAUGGCGAAAUCAUCAACAAUGGGCGGCAUCAACAAAAAUGGGGUCAAAUUCAAGAUACGAGAACGAAAGAGAUAAAUUAUUUAACUGGCCUUCAGACAUGGCGAAAGCUGCAUGCUGAAAAGAUAAUGGCCGAGAGAAUUAUGCUGGGUUCGAAAUCCCUUCAUCGACCUGCGAUAA